AGACCAUACUCUUAAAAAAUGGCGGACAUGGUCAUUACUGACUAGACUAUACGUGAUUUAUUUAUUCCUUAAAAGUAAACUUAAUUUUAAACAAAAAAAGAGCUUUGAAAUUUCAUUUUAUAUCAUUAUCCUAAAAGAAACAUCGAAAUAUAAAUUGACCUAUUCCUGAACACAUGGUAAAUCUGAAUCGAAGUUUUUACAUUUUCACAAGAAAAAUAUGCAAUUGCGGUUUGAAAUUGGCAGAUCAUCAGAUAUCACACAAAUCGGGAGUUAAUUUUGUGCAGGUUUGCUAAAAUGGAAUUUUCAAGAAAAGAAAAUUUCAUAUGGUUCGUAAGUGAAUACAAACAAAAAAUAAAGCAAAUGUGAAUGUAUGCAGUGCUAAGUUUUUAUUUUUACAAUUACGUUUUUGAAAAUUUCAUUGAAGAAGAAAAUUAGCAGGAAGGGGCAGUGCGCAGAGCAGACGCCGUCGACCCGUCACCGCCGUAGACGAAGAGGAUGACAUAAAAGAUAUAUAUUUCAGUUGCACACAAUUUUGAAGAAAGCAAAAAAAGUUUGUUGCUUGAACAAUUUCGCUCUAUCGUGCGAAUAUACCUAACAGCAAUAGCAGUAAUUAAUCAUUAAUCACCACAUAUAGAAGCCUUUUCUAAAAUGUCUUCAACUUUUGAGACUUAUGGUUCUCUACAGGCCUCUGUAGUAAAAGAAGGCUGGUUAUAUAAACGCGGCGAACAUAUAAAAACAUGGCGAGCGCGAUACUUUGUGUUGCGAGAUGAUGGCACUUUAAUGGGCUACCGAAAUAAGCCUGAAAACACAACACCGUCUGAACGAUUAAAUAACUUCACAGUGAAAGGAUGCCAAAUAAUGACAGUUGAUAGACCAAAGCCAUAUACAUUCAUUAUACGUGGACUCCAAUGGACUACUGUGAUUGAGAGAACUUUCCAUGUAGAGAAGGAGAGUGACCGUCAAGAGUGGACAGAUGCUAUCAGAAUGGUGGCGAGUCGAUUGAGUGAAAUGGGCGAGACUGCCAUGUCCCCAUCUACUUCAGAAGAUAUGACAGAUGUUGACAUGGCUUCCAUAGCCGAAGUAGAAUUGUCAGAGAAAUUCUCGGUUCAAGGCACUUCCACGGGGAAAAUAAGUGGAAAAAAGAAAGUCACAUUGGAAAACUUCGAGUUCUUGAAAGUUCUAGGUAAAGGUACUUUCGGAAAAGUGAUCCUGUGUCGUGAAAAGUCGACAGCAAAACUAUAUGCUAUUAAAAUUCUUAAAAAAGAGGUCAUAAUACAAAAGGAUGAAGUGGCACAUACACUCACGGAGAGCAGAGUUCUCCAAACAACAAAUCAUCCGUUUUUAAUUUCAUUAAAAUAUUCAUUUCAAACCAAUGACCGCCUUUGCUUCGUUAUGCAAUACGUCAAUGGGGGUGAACUUUUUUUUCAUCUUAGCCGCGAGCGUGUAUUCACGGAAGAACGCACCCGAUUUUAUGGAGCCGAAAUUAUUUCUGCGUUGGGUUAUCUGCAUUCACAGGGAAUCAUAUAUCGCGACUUAAAGCUGGAGAAUCUUCUUUUGGACAAGGAUGGUCAUAUAAAAAUAGCUGACUUUGGUUUAUGUAAAGAGGACAUUACAUAUGGGCGCACGACAAAGACUUUUUGUGGCACACCAGAAUAUUUGGCUCCUGAAGUCUUAGAAGAUAACGACUAUGGUCAUGCAGUGGAUUGGUGGGGUACCGGAGUUGUUAUGUACGAAAUGAUCUGUGGUCGUCUUCCGUUUUAUAAUCGAGAUCAUGAUGUUCUAUUCACAUUGAUUCUGCUUGAAGAUGUUCGAUUUCCCCGAACGAUAUCUGAAGAAGCGAAAAGUCUGUUGAGUGGCUUGCUUGCAAAAGAUCCAAAUAAAAGACUUGGUGGGGGCCAAGAAGAUGUGAGAGAGAUACAAGCGCAUGCGUUCUUUUCUAGUAUUAAUUGGACUGAUUUAGUACAGAAAAAAAUUCCACCACCGUUUAAGCCUCAAGUCACUUCAGAUACUGACACACGAUAUUUUGAUUCGGAGUUUACUGGUGAAAGUGUUGAACUGACCCCACCAGAUCCAACAGGUCCCUUGGGGGCGAUUCAAGAAGAACCACUUUUCCCACAAUUCAGCUAUCAAGAUAUGGCUUCGACAUUGGGUACGUCCGCCCACAUCAGUAGUUCAACUGGACUCACAUCGAUGCAAUAGACUUAGAAAAACUAAAAGCAAAAGCCAAUAACAAAACGCGGAUAAAAAUAUUAUCAGAAAGAAAAAACAUGAAUGAGUAAAAAUAAACAAAAACCAUAUUAAAAGCUAAAUAUAUUUUAUAUUCUAUAUUUAAUUAAACAUAAGAUAUAUAAUAAAAGCAAGCCAUUGAGCUUAACGUUUACCGUAAAAAAAAGAAAAAAAAACAAAAACAAAAGAAAAUACAUUACACGAAACAUAUAUAAAUUAGAUAAUGAUUAAUUAUUAUAAUUUGGAUACAUUUUAUGGCAUAAGUUAUAAUUAAUAUUACUUUAAGUUUAGGUAAUGUUGAAAAAAGAAAAAUAUUUGUAUUUAUAUGUCGUUUAUUAUAAUAGUGGAUCUUUCUCCUUCUUGCUAAUACUUCUGAACUUUUUUUUGUAUUUAAACAAAACAAAAAAUUAAAUUCUUGUUAAAUUUGUUUUAAAAAUUUUGUUCGUAAUUCUUCAUAUUUUCAAACAGAGUUUUCCAAGAUUUUCAUUUUGAACACAUUUUUGGCGAAGAUAGACCACUUUUAUAAUUAACAUCACAUAAAAUUUAAGUAACAACAAAUUAAAAGUAACAUUUAUUUUUUCUACCACUCUUGUUUUUCUUGUUAUUUUAUAAAUUAAAAACAUUUAAUUGUAUAUUUAGUACCCUACGUAACUGUUAUAAAAAAUAAGAUAUGAAGAAUAAACGAUUAUUAAAUAAAAAAAAAAAAAACGAUACACCAACAACAAAACAAUAGGUAGACCUAGGCUCCAUAGUUCCAAUACAAACAUUUUUUGAUAUUUUUUUAUAUACACAGAAACAUAGUUCUAAAAAAUAACGAUAAUUCUUAACAAACAAAGUUAGGAACAUAAAAAUAAAGUAAAUUAAAUACAAAUGUUAAAAUUAAAACGAAUAAAUAUAAAAAUAAAUACUUAGAGUCGUUUAAAAAAAAUAAAUAAUAUUUACGUUCAACAUACAAACUAACGUUAUACAUUUUCAUGGAACGAAAUUUUCACUCAAAGUCGUUUGUAGAUCUUAUGUUCUAGUUUCUUCAUGGCACAUAGUUUCUUAUGUUGAACUUAAGUUUCGUCUAAAUUGGAUAUUUGAAUGAUUUGAACUUUUGAACAUUACCCGUAUUUAACAAUAGUAUUGAUCGAAUUCAAUUCCAUUUGUUAACAUUUUGUGUUUUUAUUUUAAAAUUUGCACAUUAGGUCUUUGUGUCUAUUUUGGAUUUCAUUUACAUUAUAUAUGUACAUGUAUUUGUGUUGACGAAUAUAACAGAGCUCUCAAAAUAAAACAAUUGAUUAUAAAUUGCCAAUGCAAUUCAA